AUGAGGAGCCGACCGCUGGGGAAGGUGCUGCGGAGGCGGUUCUGGCUGCUGCUGGCACUCGGGGUGCUGAUCGUGGGGCUCUGGGCCGCCUACCUGGAGCUGGUGGCGUCGGCGGAGACCAGCGGGCACCCCCUGAACCACAGAUAUGGGAGCUGGAGGGAACUGGCUAAAGCCCUGGCAAACAGGAACAUCCCUGCUGUGGACCCAGACCUUCAGUUUUACUAUCCUCAGAAGCCAGUACACCAGAACCAAGAGCAGCAAAGAGGUGCAAGGAAUAGGUCUGUUUAUCUAGCCGGGGAAAUCUCCGUCCCUUGGAUCCCGGAGUUCCAGGGACAAGUCAAUCUCCAUGUGUUUGAGGACUGGUGUGGCAGCUCCAUCGAACAGCUCAGAAGAAACCUCCACUUCCCACUGUACCCCCAUACACGAACCACAUUGAAGAAACUGGCAGCGUCUCCAAAAUGGACAAACUAUGGGCUCCGUCUCUUCGGUUAUCUGCAUCCUUUCACUGAUGGGGACUUUGAGUUUGCUAUUGCUGCAGAUGACAAUGCUGAGUUCUGGUUGAGUCCAGAUGAAAAGACCUCUGGUCUCCAGCUGCUGGCCAGUGUAGGCAAGACUGGCAAGGAGUGGACAGCACCAGGGGAAUUUGGGAAAUUCCAGAGCCAGCAAUCAAAGCCUGUGAGAUUGUCAGCUUCAGGCAGGUACUACUUUGAAGUGCUUCACAAACAGGAUGACAGAGGAACAGACCAUGUGGAAGUGGCAUGGAGACUGAGUGACCCAGAAACUAAGUUCACAGUCAUAGAUUCCCAGUUCCUCUCCCUUUUCGCUAAUGAGACUCUCUUCAAGAUGGAUGAGGUUGGUCAUAUCCCACAGACAUUGGCCACCCAUGCAAGCCCACCUAUAGCCAAUCUGGGCAACAUGGUACACCCAGCUGACAUGCUGAAGCCCGACCCUCGAGACACUAUUUAUAAAGUGCCUUUGAUUAGUAAGUCACGUCUGCGCAGGACACUACCAGACUGCCCUUACCAGCCCAGUUACCUAGUGAAUGGAUUCCCACUGCAGCGCUAUCAGGGACUCCAGUUCGUUCAUUUGUCCUUUGUUUACCCAAAUGAUUACAGCCGCUUGAGCCACAUGGAGACAGACAACAAAUGUUUCUACCAGGAGAGCCAUUAUUACUUGGAGAGGUUUGGAUUCUAUAAGUAUAUGAAAAUCGACCAUCCAGAGAGGAGAAAUCUGGAGUCUGGGGAGAAAACCAAGCAGCCAGGUUCUGAGGAUGGGUAUCCUGAUGAGUUUCAGUACACAGACCAGGAUGCAGAAAGCACCAGUCCCCCAAGGAAUCCCAGCAAGUGGGGAGCAAAGCCGGUGGGAGUCGAGGCAAACCCCACCAUGAUAGCAGGCUAUGAUGAUAUUUAUAAUGACUAUUCCUUCCCGGGGCGUCGGAAGCUCCUCUCGCUCAUAGAUGGUAAGGUGGGAGAGGUGCUGCAGAAGAGAGGCGCAAAAAGGCUCCUCAUCAAGCCAGCUCACAGGACUUCAGCCAACCAGAGCAUCAAUCAAACGGGUCUAGAAAGAAACCUACCAGUGAGGAGGCCCCAUCUAAAAAUCAAGGUCAAAGACAGUUCCAGAAAUCCUCGUCGUCAUGUUAGGGGCAUCCAUAGGAAGUCACUGCCCAAGAGGAGAGUGGGAGGCCAGGACCCUCCUUCUAGCACAAGACCUCACGAGCCCUGGGAACAUAUACCCAGCAAUUCCAGAAACUCCACUGACAGGAUUCCAAGGGAGGUGGGGCCUCUUCAGACAGACCUCAAUGCAACCAGCACCAAGGACCAGCCAGCAGGCAACAUGCAAGCAAGGAGACAAAGUCCAGUCUCUGGCAAAAUAAGUAGUAGAGCUGUGAGUGCUGCCAGCCUCAGCAAACAGACCCUUUACCAGGCACAGUGGCUAAACCAGGUGCAGUCAUACAUUGCCGAGCAGAAGGCAGCUGAUGGCAUUGAGGUAGAUGUGGAAAGGGGGCAGGUGGAAUCUCAACCUGAGCCUGCUGAGCCGGCAGUGGAAGAGGAGGAGGAAGAGGUGGAAGGGGAAGCAGAGUGGGAGAAGGAGGGAUUUGAGUACAUGCCAUUUGACCAGGUAGUGAACUGGGACCAGACCUUCAGCGCAAGCAACUUGGACUUCCACACGCUGCGGACAGACUGGAUCGACCUGAAGUGCAACACAUCGGGGAACCUACUGUUGAAAGAGAGGGAGGCCCUGGAGGUCACACGCGUCUUCCUGAAGAAACUCAACCAGAGAAACAAAGGGAGAUUCCACCUGCAGCGCGUAGUGAAUGUGGAGAAGCGCCAAGACCGCCUACGCGGGAGCCGCUACCUGCUGGAGCUGGAGCUGCUGGAGAGGGGAGGGCAGCUCGUGCGCUUUUCAGAGUAUGUCUUUGCGCGGGGCUGGCAGGGCAUCAGCGGCGACGAGCAGGAGGAGAUGAACAUGAAGAACCUGGCGUGGGGCCGCCGGCGCCAACUGAUGGGAGUUGCAAAGGAGCCAGACCUGUGCUGGCCACUGGGCUUCUCCUGGAACCAUCGUGCUGUUGUCCACUUCAUAGUGCCAGUGAAAAACCAGGCACGCUGGGUACUGCAGUUCAUUUCUGACAUGGAGGAACUGUCUAGAGUCACCAAGGACCCAUACUUCAGUGUCAUCAUCACAGACUACAGCAGUGAUGACAUGGAUGUAGAGAAGGCUCUGAAAAGGUCCAGCUUACGCAGUUACCAGUACUUGAAGCUGACGGGGAAUUUUGAGCGCUCUGCAGGGCUGCAGGCUGGGAUAGACCUAGUGAAGGAUCCACACAGUAUCAUCUUCCUGUGUGAUCUCCACAUCCACUUCCCGGCUGGGGUCAUCGACUCGAUUCGGAAGCACUGCGUAGAGGGCAAGAUGGCCUUUGCACCCAUGGUUAUGAGGUUGCAGUGUGGCGCAUCUCCACAAUGGCCUGAGGGCUACUGGGAGGUGAAUGGAUUUGGUCUCCUAGGCAUAUACAAGUCUGACCUGGAUCAGAUUGGAGGGAUGAAUACCCAAGAGUUCCGGGAUCGCUGGGGAGGAGAGGACUGGGAACUCGUGGACAGGAUCAUGCAGGCUGGCCUGGAAGUGGAACGACUGUCCCUGAGGAACUUCUUUCACCGAUUUCACUCCAAGCGGGGCAUGUGGAACCGACAACAGCUGAGGACACCGUAA